CAAAUUCUUCCCCACGCAAUAAAUUAAAUACAUCACUUCCAUACAAAAUGAAAUUCGAAACUUCAGCCCUGCUUCUUGCCAUUGCCGCGUCCGCGAAUGCCUUUGCCCCCGCCACCACCGGCUUCCGAUCUGGUGUUGCCUUGAGAGAUGGACUUUCCGUUGAUCUUCCCAGCAUUGAGAGUCAAGUAAGUGGAUGGAUCACGAAUGGCAAGGAUCUCUAUCCUUAGGUCUCAUUGUUCGUCAGUCAGUUGUGGAGAAGUGGUGAACACUACAAAUGUUUGUCACACGACRAAUACUUCUAACCUCAAUAAUAUUCUUCGCUAUCCGUAUCUUURUUUCUUAAUUCUUGAAACCGUGRAAUAUCKCAAAAAUAAAUUAUGUUUAAUYAGAUUGCCUACCAACCUGGUGCUGCCGACACCGACUUUGCCCGACGAUUCGGAGGAGAGAAAUACGUCAACGCCGAUGUCCGCACCGUUGGAGAGUCUUUCACYGCUUUCACCGAAGAAUACGGCUACCAGGUCAAUGCCCUGUACAAGAACAUGGUCACCGACCUCGUCGGAACCAUCCACUUGAUCACUGUCAAYGCCCGUUUCGUGAGAGACCCCGUCUGGUCCCUYGGAAUCCUGAGCUCCCUCGAGUUGUUGCUCAAGAACUACCCCGAAGCCGGCAUGUACGAGAAAAUCACCUCUGCCCUCUUCAAGUCCGURAACCUCGAYGAGGCCKCKAUCCGCGCCGAMGCCRCCAUGCUCGAGGAAUGGGCCCAGGGAAAGACCCGCGAGGAAAUGGAAGCCGCCCUCAAGAAUGGAGACGACAGCCCCCUUGGAGUMGUCGCCCAGGCYGUYAAGGCGGACGAAUACUGGAUGUACUCCCGAUACUUCGGAGUCGGUCUCCUCAAGCUCAUGGAGAUUKCCGGAAUCGAAAUGGACAAGGACGAGGUCUACCCCGUAAUGGAAAACUGGAUGUCGGACCAACUCGGACGCUCGCACCUCACUGCAUGCGUAAGUGUGACCAUAUCAAUUCUUGCGUCUAUCUUUUUUUCUUGUAUAGAACAUCAUCUUACAAAAUUCUUUUGUUUCCUCUUGCUGACUACAACAUGAAAACUACAGGGUGACAGUGACUUGUUCUUCCGAGUCAAGGAKAAGCUCGAUAUGAUGGAGACCAUGAUGAAGGAAAUCGAAAUCCGUGAAAAGAAGCGAAUGGCCGAACGACUCGAAAAGAAGGCCGAAGCCGCUCUGAGAGCCGCCGAACGGGAGGAAAAGAUGAAGGUCGAGAUCGAAAAGGAAGCCGAGGCCAACAGAGAACGCGUCGCUUCCGAGUAAACGCGCUCUCUCUGACCGGG